UUUUCACACAUCAAAGAUAGCUUCAAAUCAAUCCCACUAAAGAAAUAAGCAAUUUGAGGAAAACACAUAUCAUGUCUAGUUGGUCAGCUGAAAAUGCCAAGAAGGCUUAUCUCCUAACUCUCAAAAUACAAGUUUUUCUAGCAGCAUUUAGAGGUGCAAACAAAGAAGGUGCACUUGUGGUUGGAUAUAAUGUUAGGCAUAGGGCUUUGAGAUGGAAACAAUUGAGGGCAUCAUAUUUACCUAUAGGAGAAGGGUUGCUUGUGACCAAAACUGAUCUUAAUGUGAAGAAGGAUAUUGAUAUGGUUGUCCAAAGGAAGAAGAGUAAUUGGAUUGUUCAAGUAGAUAAUUGUACUGGAGAGGAACAUAUAUUUAGGGUCAUUUCUCCUUAUAAGAAAGCACAAAUCGAAGUUUAAGUUGUAAAUUGACAAUAAUGAUAAUGAUGCGAACAAUAUACUCUUAACACAUUUCAUAAA